AUGACGUCAUUUCCAGUGGAGGGAACUUAACCCGGAAAAGGGUGUUGGCUGAAGAAGAAGAACCAGAACCAGAACAGAAUCCCGAGCUGGAUCUUGACUCGUAGCCAGAAUCGGAGUUGGUACCGGGACAUCGAUCAGCUGAGACCCGAAACACCUCAUCAAUCCGCGCAGCCGCAGUUUGAUCCGGAGACUCCUGUUAGCCGCUAACAGCUAACCGUCUGGUAAGUUCGGAGAGGAGAAGAAGAAAAUGAGCGGAGGGAUGAACAGCAUUGAUGCAGUGAAGAAGAAGAUCAAGGUGUUGCAAGAGCAGGCGGAGGAGGCCGAGGAGCGAGCCGAGCGACUGCAGAAGGAGGUGGAGAAAGAGAAGAAAACCAGGGAGGAGGCAGAAGGAGAGGUGACAUCUCUGAAUCGGCGGCUGCAGCUCAGUGAGGAGAAUCUGGACCGAGUUCAGGAGAGACUGGCCACCGCUCUGCGUAAACUGGAUGAGGUGGAGAAAGUUGCUGAUGAAAGCGAGAGAGGUAUGAAGGUGAUCGAGAACCGAGCUCUCAAAGAUGAGGAGAAGAUGGAGCAGCUGGAGGUUCAGCUGAGGGAGGCCAAGCUGAUUGCCGAGGAGGCUGACCGCAAAUAUGAGGAGGUGGCUCGUAAACUGGUGAUGGUGGAAGGAGAGCUGGAACGGGCCGAAGAUCGGGCCGAGCAGGCGGACAGUAAGGGUCGGCUGGUGGAGGAGGAGCUGAAAACUGUGUUCACCAGCGCCAAGUCUCUGGAGGCGCAGUCUGAGAAGUACUCUCAAAAGGAGGACCGCUACGAGGAGGAGAUCAAGAACCUAAGCAGCAAACUGAAGGAGGCGGAGACCAGAGCUGAGUUUGCAGAACGUACGGUGGCCAAACUGGAGAAAACAAUUGAUGACCUGGAAGACGCUCUGACUUCAGCCAGAACCACCAACUCGGAGCUUCAGGCAACUCUGAAUCAAACCAUGGAGGAGCUCAACUCCUGCUGAAGCCUCUUCCACUGUGUCUCCUGGCUGAAGGCUCUGCUGCCAAAUCUGCUGAAGCUCCUUCCCCUUCCAGUGGACAGGUGGAGGUGUGGUGAGGGCGUGGCGUCCUGUCUCCUCCUCCUUUCUGGAUGAUUCCUGAUGUCACAUUUGAGUUGUUUUCUUAGAACCUCAUUCCCAGUCACUAACUGCCUUGUUUAUGACUAGUUCAGUGUUUUCUCUGAAUGUUAGUUUGCUUUGAUAAUUGAUUCAUUGAUUAAGGCCAAAUAUUAUUUCAGCCAAUUAUUUUUGUUUUGAGGGGCGUGGUUUAAGUGUGUGGUCAGCCAAUCAUGGAAAGACAUUCCACUGCCAAAUACGGCGAGCCAGGGGCCAAUCAGAGGUCAGACAUGAUGAUGUAAUAGUGUUUUUACCUGAUGAUGUCAUCACUGUGAUGGUGUCAGAGCUCAUUGUAAUGACCCAAAGUAAAACAUUUUAUAAAAUAAAAGCACCGCAUGUAAACCUGA